CACCCAUUUCCUCCUUAUGUGUCUGUAAUGAAUCUGGUUGAAUGAUGAAAUAAAGAAAAAAGGAAAAAAGUUUGAUAAAUUGAUGGCUUGGGGGGAGAUCUUGUUAUUUGUGAGUCGUAAGCAUGGUGCCGCCGCGUUUCAAUAUAACUCUUUUGUUUCUUUGCAUGCUUGGGUUGCUGAGGUACCUAACCCUUAGCCCUGCCGCUGCUCUUACUUACUUAAACAAUUCCUGUCCACAGACUCCAAACACAACUGCUGCUAUCAGCCCAAAUACCACCUACCAAACCAAUCUCAAUUUGCUUCUCUCCUUUCUUUCUUCAAAUGCUACCAUCGACUCCGGAUUCUACAACGCCACCGUGGGGCGGGAACCUUCCGAUGUAGUUUACGGCCUUUUUCUCUGCCGAGGUGAUCUUAGCCCUCAACUCUGUCAAGAGUGUGUGUGGGCUGCCACUAACAAGUCACGCGACCAGUGUCAGGGAAUAAAGGCGGCUGUUGUUUGGUAUGACGAGUGCAUAUUGCAUUACUCAAAUCAGUCCAUCUUCUCCACACUCAUAGAAGAGCCGAUACUGAUGAUGCGCAACACGGUGAAUCUCACAGACCCAGAUGGAUUCAAUCGGACACUACAAGGUAUAAUGGACAGCAUAAGGACUCAAGCUGUGAAUGAUCAAUCUGGCAAGAAGUACUAUGCCACCAAAGAAGAAAAUUACUUAGCGCCACAAAUGGUACAAAGGGUGUAUAGCCUGGUGCAAUGCACACCAGAUUUAUCCGCCACCCAGUGCAAUCUAUGUCUUUUGGGAGUGAAAGACUAUCUUCAAGAAUGCUGCAGUGCACGUCAAGGGGCAAGGGUCGUGUUUCCAAGCUGUAGUUUUAGAUAUGAAUUUUAUCCUUUCUACACAGCUGAGGCAGGGGCCGAAUCACCAGCUCCUACUCCUCUGCUUCUUCCUCCUGCUCCACCUUCACAACCCACCACUGAAGGAAAAGGUGGAAUAUCUUCACAAACAAUUAUCACCAUUGUUGUUCCAACAGUUGUCUCUGUGGGGAUCUUUUAUAUUUUAUGCUACUGCUUCAUAAGCAGGAAAGCAAGGAAGAAAUACAAUACUACAGAAGAGGAAAAUGUGGAGAAUGAUAUCACGACUGUGCAGUCAUUGCAAUUUGAUUUUGGUACACUUCAAGCUGCUACAAAUAACUUCUCUGAUGACAACAAGAUUGGUCAAGGUGGAUUUGGUGAUGUAUACAAGGGUACACUUUCUAGUGGACAAGAAAUUGCUAUAAAGAGGCUAUCUAGAAGUUCUGGGCAAGGUGCAGUAGAAUUCAAGAAUGAGAUUGUAUUGGUAGCCAAGCUUCAACACAGAAACCUAGUGAGGUUAUUGGGAUUUUGCUUGGAAGGGGAAGAGAAGAUACUUGUCUAUGAAUAUGUGCCCAACAAAAGCCUUGACUGCUUUGUGUUUGAUCCUGAUAAACAAGGACAACUGGAUUGGUCAAGACGGUAUAAUAUUAUUGGAGGAAUAGCUCGAGGGGUUCUUUAUCUUCAUGAAGAUUCUCGGCUCAGAGUUAUACACCGUGAUCUAAAAGCCAGCAAUGUUUUGUUAGAUGGUGAUAUGAACCCAAAAAUUUCGGAUUUUGGCAUGGCAAGGAUUUUUGGAGUAGAUCAAACUCAAGGAAAUACCAACAGAGUUGUUGGCACAUAUGGCUACAUGUCUCCCGAGUAUGCAAUACGUGGACACUUCUCUGCCAAGUCAGAUGUAUAUAGUUUUGGUGUCCUCGUUUUGGAGAUAAUAAGUGGCAAGAAGAACGGUAGCUUCUAUGAAUCAGGCCAAACUGAGGGCCUUCCAAGCUAUGCAUGGAAACUUUGGAGGGAUGGUACACCCCUGGAAUUGAUGGACCCAAUGAUGGGGGACUCUUACGCAAGAAAUGAAGUCAUUAGAUGCAUACAUAUGGGUUUAUUAUGUGUUCAAGAAGAUCCUGAUGACAGACCAUCCAUGGCAUCAGUAGUCCUCAUGCUCAGCAGUUACUCUGUUACUCUACCAUUGCCUCAACAACCAGCAUUCUUCAUUCGCAGUGGGACGCAGUCGGGCUUUCCAAUAAAUGCACUGGAAUCAGAUCAAUCUGCAAGCAAGUCAACGCCAUGGUCUCUGAAUGAAACAUCGAUUUCUGAACUAUAUCCUAGGUAGGCUGAAUAUAUUAGGCAAUCUCAGAUAUACUUAAAUAAAAAGAAUGAACUUGAUUUCUAAGGUUAAUGUGGUUUUUGACUGCUCGAAACCUUGAAUUAACGUAUUUCCUAGUUACUAGUCAUAAUGUUUUACCAUUUGGAAACAACCUAAUAGUGAGGUGUGUAUUUUUUCAAUUUACUUUAGUGUCAUACAUGUUGUUGGUAAGGAUGUGA